UUCUUUCUGUUUCUUUUACUUAGCGUUAACCUGCACAUGACAAGUAAACCAAUCUGAAUCUACUUUGACAGUCAUUAUGCAAAUGACGCCGGACGUGCAGGCAGCGGAGGACAAACCGGAGCCCAAAAUGGCGAACCGUGAUAAGGAUCUGGAGGAGGAGAUUUAUGACAAGGUCGUAGACCUGACAGAAUAUGCUAAACGUCAGCGAUGGUGGAACCGCCUCUUCGGAAAGAACUCGGGCCCCGUGGCAGAGAAGUACUCUGUAGCCACACAGAUAGCCUUGGGUGGCGUGAGUGGGUGGUGUGCAGGAUAUCUCUUCCAGAAGGUGGGAAAGGUUGCUGCUACAGCUGUAGGGGGAGGUCUUCUACUGUUGCAGAUAGCUAACAAUAGUGGCUAUAUCCAAGUGGACUGGAAAAGAGUAGAGAAGGAUGUCAACAAAGCAAAGAAGCAGUUAAAGAAAAGCACCAAUCAAGCAGGCCCAGAACUAAACACAUUUGUUGAGAAGUCCACAGAGUUUGUGAAGAAAAAUAUUGUUGUCACAAGUGGUUUCAUCGGAGGAUUCCUGCUCGGUCUGGCAUCUUAGUUUCUGCCAAAUGACAAAGCCUGCAUUUCUGAUGUCAUAAACAACCAUAAGAAGUAAUACUAAAACAAAUAAAUGCUGAGUGAUUUAUACAGUAAGGGUUUGACAGGAAGGAGUCCACUUAAGACUAGCUGUUACAGUAUAUACAUGUUUGAAGAUAAACUGCACAUACUGUUGUCUAAUUUGGUACUGUAUCUUCAUGCAAGGAGCAUGGAGGAGAGCACUCCUGAUAUGAAUGUAGGAUUAGACUGCAGGCCCUUUUUUUAAAAGCUCCACAUUCUGGGUAAAUUAAUUAUCCAUAUUAUACCGAAUCAUUUAAGAAAACAUGAAUCUCACAAUGUUGUUCUUUAUUUAUUUUGGUCAGAGAUUGUGCCACAAAGAAAUAUAAUAUUCUGAUAUUACAGAAGAAUUUACAUGGCAGGUGGGGGCUAUAGCAUCCUAUCAGUAAUGAUGUUGAGUGUAUUUAAAUUUCAGAAACCAUAAUCUGUUGUUGCUUUCAGAUGUAAAAUUUGAAUGUUAAGUAUUGAUAGACAUGGUAUUGUUAUGCCUUUUUAGAUGUGUCAUACUUGAUUUGGUCAGCUUUCCUGAUAUAUUUAAUCUAUCUAUUUUUUUGUUUAGCACUAGGUGGAAACUGUGGUUUGUAAAGUAAGUUUGAAAAUGAAAUAAAUAAAUAAAUCACUUA